UACAGCGCUGUCAACGACUGUGGGUCUAUCUGCUCCAAACAUUUUUGUUUUUCUUCAGAUAAAGGAUAAAAGGAGAAAAAGAAUGGAGGUGGUGGAAACAACUGAAGGUCCUUAUGAGUAUUACGACUAUGAGGAGACGGAGAACUCCACCAUGUGCGACUAUUCAGAGUGGAUGCCAUCAUACUCUGUCAUCCCUGUACUUUACAUGCUCAUUUUCAUCCUGGGCCUGUCUGGAAAUGGUGUGGUCAUCUUUACCGUGUGGAGAGCCCAAGGCAAGCGACGGGCUGCUGACGUCUACAUCGGCAAUCUGGCCCUCGCUGACCUCACCUUUGUGGUCACUCUGCCUCUGUGGGCUGUUUAUACAGCUCUGCGCUACCACUGGCCCUUUGGAGUGGCCCUGUGUAAGAUCAGCAGCUACAUUGUUCUUCUCAACAUGUAUGCCAGCGUCUUCUGCCUCACCUGCAUGAGCUUUGACCGGUACCUUGCCAUCGUCCACUCCUUGUCCAGCAGCCAACUGCGCACCCAAAGUCACAUACGAGGCUCCCUAACAGCCAUCUGGCUGCUCUCAGGUCUGCUGGCUGCUCCAACUCUUGUCUUUCGCUCCACAAGAUUUGAUUUGGAAACCAACCGCACAACUUGUGGCAUGGACUUCAGCUUGGUGGUGACGAAUAAGGAACAGGAAAGCCUGUGGAUUGCCGGUCUCAGCAUCUCCUCCUCAGCUCUUGGCUUUCUUCUUCCAUUCUUAGCAAUGAUGGUGUGCUACUGUUUCAUCGGCUGCACAGUCACUCGCCACUUCAACACUCUCCGCAAAGAGGACCAGCGCAAGAAGAGACUGCUGAAGAUCAUCACCACACUAGUGGUGGUGUUUGCUGCCUGCUGGAUGCCCUUCCACAUUGUGAAGAGUGCUGAUGCGCUCUCUUACCUGGACUUGUUCCCUACCACCUGUGACUUCCUGCGCUUCCUGCUGCUUGCUCACCCUUACGCCACCUGCCUGGCCUAUGUCAACAGCUGUCUCAACCCCUUCCUCUAUGCCUUCUUUGACCUGCGCUUCAGAUCCCAGUGUCUGCGUCUGCUCAACCUGAAGAAGUUCUUGCAUGCCAGUCCACCCAGUUCCCUGUCCUCUCAGAAGACAGAGGCUCAGUCUCUUGCUACAAAGGUGUGACAGCAGCUGGGGGGUUCAAAGAGAUGAACAAUGCAGAACAGUGCAGGUAAAUCAAAACUUUCCAGCACUGGAUGGUUGCUUACAGGUCCUCUGUAAGCAAUUUCAGGGUGUUGCCUUUACCACCCACUAGUGAACUGAAGAGGACAGAUGGUUUUGGAUGUUUCAUCACAACAAAACUCCGUGCCUCAUUUUAAAUGGCAGGGAGUUUUGGAUGUUUCAUCACAACAAAACCCCCUGCCUCACUUUAAAAAGCAGGGAAAUGAAUCUGAACAAAGAGGGAACAAGCAUAAACUUUUUUUGGGAAAAAGUGGACUACAUGCCUCUGAAUUUCUCUCAGUUCUACUGUGGACUUUUAGCAAUGUUCUGAGCUCUGUUCUCAAGUCAACACGCUGAUGUGUAUUACCUGUGCAUUUGCUGCUGCAGUUUUUGUUUUCACAUGUACGCACUUGAGGUGUCUUAACUACCAGAUUACCUGACAGAUAAGUCCUAUGGUAUCUACACCACAGCUGGCAGUGUUACGUAUAUGUGUGUGUACAUAGAAUGGGUGUGCUUAUCAGCAAGCGGUGUUGGAGUAAGAUAAGAAUGUUGUAAACUGUAAGUGUGUGUGUGUGUGUGUGUGUAAGAGAGGGGGUGGGUUUGUGGGGGUUGGCAGACAGACCAGACAGACAGACAGAUGGCAGCUGACAAAUGUUUUCAGGUUGAUGAAAGGUCCAAUUAAAAGGUGACUGUUUUAACAGUCUGACAGUGUGUCUGUUUGGAGGAAUGUGUGUGUGUGUGUGUGUGUGUGUGUGUGUGUGUGUGUGUGUGUGUGUGUGUGUGUGUGUGUGUGUGUGUGUGUGUGUGUGUGUGUAUGUGUGGGUGGGUGUGUUUGUGUGUGUGGUGUCAGAAUAUAAAUGAAUUUGUUCUUGACAAAAACAUGAAACAAUUUUGUGAAUAUACAUCUAUUUUGAAUUCAUGUCUAUGAUUUGUAAUAAAAAAAGGUGCUUUG